CCGCAACACGCCCACACCCACCACACCCACACCAGCACACUCGCACUCGCACAGUCACACCGUCGUACACUCACACACCCACACCCACACCUUCGCACACUCCUCCUCCUCCUCCUCCAAUGCGCCUUCCCACCUUCAGGCGGAAAAAAGACCCGUCCCCAUCCUCUGUCCCUGUCCCAUCCUCCUCAACCCUCGCCCUCAGACGGAGCCCCUCCAGUGCGAGCCCCAGUCCCAGCGGCAGCUCCUCCAACCUCCCCGCCAACCCAAGGAGACACGCACUCGACUCCAGCACCAAUGUCUACAAACCUACCACUCGAUCCAGCCCCAUCCCCCGCGGCAACGGCCACCAGGCCCUGUCCAUCCCCAUGCCCCCGCCGCCUUCGCUCUACUUCUCGCUCCUACCCUCCGGGGCAAAUGCCGCCACCAGCACCACUGCCACCACCAGUGGAGGAGCUGGCUCGACCAGCAGCAGCACCAAAAGCGCCCGCACGCCUCGACCCAGCCUUGGUCAACAUGCCUCUGUCCGCGACAACAGCGACAGCGACAUCAGCAUCAGUCGCCCGCGGCCAAAGUCAAAGAGCACAAUGACUAAUCUUCGUCCAAAGCAACUUCACCCUCAGUCCGAUUCCUCGACCUCAACUGUGCCCCCGUCCCUUUCCUUCACGCCCUUAGUUCGCAUGAACAGCCACAGCAGCAGCAGCACCCCGAGGUCGGCCCCAAACUCCAGACCUUCAUCGAACCCCACUACUCCAGGAAUAGGGCCAGUACCAGCUGCAGCCCAUGCAGGGGGAUACGAUCACCAUCAUACCCAUCAUCAUGCACCCCGCUCGACUUUUCCUCUCUCGAUGACCCAUUCUCGACGAUCGAGCCUGUCGCACGUAUAUGAGCCAAGUACUACUGCAUCAGGCCGAAUGCAAAAACCAGGAGGCUUCUUCGACAUGGCCAUCUUCGACCCCGCCCCCGAGCACCUGCCUAGGAGUGCGCGCGCCUCCAUCGACCACGACGGCCAGAGCCGCCGCGUCCCCGUCUCGCGUCCUCCCUCCAUCGAAUCCAUCAACAGCGCAAACUCGGUUCCAUUUGCGCCCCCGCCGCCUCCGCCUCCCUCCGUCUGGAAGCAAUUCACGAGCCAUUUCUCUCAUAGAGUCGUCAAGCGACACAUCAAGUUCAUCGUCGCCCUCUACAUAUCCUCAGCCAUGGCCCUCGUCCCCUCCAUCUCCCGUGCCCUCGGAACCUCGCCCUACAUGGCCAACGUCGCCGUCGUCUUCAUGCAUCCCUCUCGCACAGUUGGCUCGCAGCUCGAGGUCACCAUCUUUAGCGUCAUCGGAGGCGUCCUGGCCGCGGUCUGGAUCCUGCCCUGUCAAGUAGCUACUGCGGCAUUCAACCAAAAGUACCUACCGGAUGGAAAUAACUCUGCCUGGGCCAUCGAUGCUGCCUGGUUCUUUGUCGGCGUCUGGAUCAUGACUUCGUACAAGGCCAGAUACGCGAAGCUGAAUUGCUCCUUCAUCAUUUACACCAUCGCAGGCAUCUUUGCCCUGACCAGGAACCAUACGAGCAUGCAUUUUGAUUUCCACGACUUCUGGGGCCUUAUGGGACCUAUGAUGCUAGGAGUCGGCAUUUGUCUGGUCGUCAGUAUUUUACUUUGGCCAGAGACCGCCAGCGAAGGGCUUGGCACCCGCUUCUUCUUGCUAAACCAUAAUACCAUCGCACUCCCAAAAUCGGCUAUCGAGAAGGCCCAAGCGGAAGUCCGAACAGCGCAGAAAAAACUAUUCAGUGCCUACAGAGAAGCUCGCUACGAGGUCACUUACUCGAUGACUAAUCCCGCCGAUUACAAGGAAGUCCGCUUGAUCAUCUCGGCGUUGAUGAGACAUCUCGGAUCCAUGAGUUUGGUCGUACAAAACGAGCGACUGCUGAUGCUAGGGCACCCGGAUCGCGACGAUCAGGAUCUGGUAUCUCAGAGCGGAAGUGAAUUGAGUUAUCCCAGCAGUGCCAGCGAUACUGAGAGUGAUGACGGUGCCUCUGAAAGCGAAGCCGAUCAUCCUUCUUCUGGAACUACCAAUAACAACGAUUCGGGUGAAAAGAUACAUCACCAGAGUGACUACUUUGGCGAUGCAAUCGCGGAAGGUGCUGAGCAGCGAACUAGUCGUCGCAGUCGCCAUGGCCGUCACAAUGACCAGUUGGCCGAAAGCCCCACGAGCGAGGACGGUCAUAGCACGCCGCGGAAGAGAGUUCAAAGGAGAGGCAGUGCGGCCGAACUAAGACGCAUCCGACAACUAUUGCAGAGAGCAGAGAACUCGACCCAGGCAACGAUGAAAGCCAGGCAGCGACACCAGGAACGCCUCCAGAAGGACGCUUUGCAGCAGCCGUUCCAGUUCGGUCGUGAUGGAACCGUAACAGCGCCGCCAACACCGGGAGGACGGGGUGUCUUUAAUGUGUUUGGACAUCAUCAAGCACACCGCUCAAGGACCUUAACCCCAACCCGAGCAGAUAAUGACCCUUCUACCGACACUCCUCGCCAAUACCUCAGUACCACUCCCUCUAAUAUCUCGACGCCAAAUUCCUCAAAGCCCAACUCGAUUUACGAAGAGCAGAAUCUGGAAACGAUCAAGAGCUUCAAGUCGCUGUUCUCCAUCAAGUCGGCUUCGAAGUUCAAGCCCAAUCGGCCUGCAUCGCUGAAGGCUGGAUUUAAGUUGAGUCAAGGAAAGAGGCGCAAGGACAAAUCCGAAGAAGGAUCGCCAAGGAUACCACUAGAGGACAUGCACUAUGCCACGGUUCCAGAGAAUGGUGCAUUGGGUUGUUCUAACCACUAUACGUCGCGCAAUGGGCUUUUGUUCCAGACGUCUUUGACCGACCAUCAAAUCAAGAAGGCUGCAGAGUCUUUCAGGAAACAGCGAGAGAAGGAGGCCGCACGACAGCGAAAGCUGGCAGAACGAGAGGUCAAGGCCGAGCAGCAGCGAGCUGAAAAGCAGCGGCAGGCGGAAGCAGCAGCUCGGGCGGUACCACCCAAGGAAGUUGCUUUUGGUGACCGCAAGCUAUUCAUGUCGUUUUUGGAUAUUGUUCACAACCCUUUGCAGCGCUUGAGUGACUCUUGUUCCAGAGUCAUGGUUGCUAUGGAGCGGGAGUUGGUCGCGGGACUCAAUGUAGAGCAAGAUCGACUGGAGCGUAUCAGGCGACGCAACGCGCAGCGCGUAAAUACCAUUCGAGCUGCAGAAGCAAAAAUGACCGAAGAAGGGAAGGCUGGGGUCAACGGGACUACCACAUAUACGGAUGCUGCUGGAACGACUGCAGCAGAGCGUGAGCUUACCAAAAAGCGAGGCUUUGUCAACACCUCCGUUUUGGAUCGCAUCCGAGCUUUGGUCGGGAUCAAGCCCAGUCAUAUGACAAAGGGGGACCUAGAGUAUGUAGGGGCGCUCAAGUCAGGGAUGGUGAAGGACAAGGAGAAAAAUGUCAAGCCGUCAAAGAAUGGUGUAGCAGCCGACACCGUCCAUCCAAACAAAUUUUUGCAGCAAGAUGCCCAGCGUAACGCGACGUGCUCCGGUAUUGACGACGAUGACGAAGACGAGCUCAUGUUGCCACCGGACAUGUCUUAUGUGCAGUACUUGUCACAGGAGCUGGAGAUAUUCGACAAAGCAGAGGCGGAGGGUCUCAGGGACUUCAUUGCCACGCAUCCGACCCUUGAUGUUGGCCCACGCGAAGAACUCUUCUUGAUCUUCUUUUUCUUGUUCGCAUUGCGUGAGAUCGCUCGCGAGCUGCUACGCCUUGGCAAACAUAUGGAGGAGAUAGAGGAGCGGGAGCGUAGAAAAAUGGAGGAAGAUGGCCGGACAAAGCGUAGGAAACAGCUGUGGUGGCCGAAAGUUUUCGGUAACUUUUGGCACUGGUUCGCAUGGGGCAGUUAUACCCAGGUCAAGACCAGUGAAGGCCACAACGCUCUGGUCUUGAACACGACAAAGAAUCUGGAGCAUCGACAGCCCAGGACCAUCGAGGAGGAGAAGGCAUUGGUUGAAGCCAAGACUGCCAAGGCUGUAGCCGAAAGAGCAGCUGCUGAAGCAUCCGCAAAGGCCGUUGCCGAAAGGAAAGCCGAGCAUCGACGGAGACGACACUCGGAGAUGUGGGACCUGCCACCAUUGCGUCGAGCAAUUACUCUGUCGGCUUUUGUUCAUCGCAAGACCUCUGAGCCCGACUUAGAACUGGGUCCAGUGGAGGACGAUCAUCAGGACGAGAAUCGUCGAUUCAGGCGCAGUGCACACGGGCACUUGCAAGGGCUCAGGUCAAGGUCCAAUUCACCCUUCCGAUCCAGUACCGCCUGGUCACGACAUUGCGAAGUGCCCCAACAUUAUGGGAGCCCCAAGCAAUGGACCCAUAACGAGACUGAUCUUGGUGAUCCUAGCAUCCUUAGGGGCAAAGAGGUAUUGGAUAACGAGUUUGGGGAAGAAGAGGCUGGCUCGCCGUCAAGAACAAUCCCCGAAUCAUUAGCGAGCACGAAGUCCAGAUCUAAGCGGGCCGAGCAGUAUACCGUAGUGGAGAUCCCAGACUUUAAAUCUCUGCAGCUCAGGGACGAUCAGGAUUUGAAGCAUUUUGAGGACGUUAAUGUGAUCGAUCUUAUGCCACGCGUCAAUGGCCUCAAGCUCCGCAACACCGCACCGCCAGAGUUGGAUAUUGCCAAGCAUAGUAAAUCUAAGAAAUCGCAUCAGCAGACGAGUGGAAGUAGGAGCCCUCGUAAUGUCAUAUUAUCAGCACCUUCUUCGACUCACCAGGAUCGUUACCCAUCCUUUGCCUGCAGCACCCCCCCGUCAUUAUUACCUGGCCACCACGAAUCAGACUCAACAUUUGUAGAUAGCCACGGCACCGGCUUACGCGCACACAUCUUGAACGACCGCACGGAUGAUCACAACGACAGAAGGAGCUCUACUGAAAGCGGUGGUUCUGCCAAAGAUCAUCACCGCCGCGGUCGCUACGGUAAGGACGCGAAGGCGGGCAAAUCGCGGUUUCGUGGCGUCUUUUCGCCUUUUAGCUGCAGUACCUCGAACGAGGGUUCCAAAAAUACGCCCAAGCAGCGACAGCGACAACUCCAUCCAGCUUCAGAACCUAUAAAGCCGGCAAGGACGACCUUCGUGAGCGUAAACAAGCCCAAGACUUUGCGUUACCGUUUCUGGGAGUUUUUGCAGCCGUUCAAGUCGGAGGACUUCAAGUUUGGUUUCAAGAUGGCAGUCGCACUCACGUUCAUUGGACUGUGGUCGUGGCUACAAUGGAACAGCGUGGCCCUGGCGACAGACCGUGGACAGUGGGCCAUGAUAACGGUAAUGGCGGUUCUGUCGCCUACCGUGGGCGCAACGUUCAGUGUCUGCGCGAUGCGUAUCGCUGGAACCUUGAUUGGAACCCUUUGGGCGCUAUUGACAUUUUUGGCGUUACCCAAGAAUCCAUAUGUGAUUUGUGCCAUGAUGCUUGUCAUUGCGUUCGCCGGCGUCUUUUUGAUCUUGGAAUCAGCACAUCCAAAACUGGGGAUCAUUAUGUUGCUCUCGUACUCGUCAAUUACGUUCAUUAUGUAUGAAGGCCAUACCACCGAGACGAUUUAUCAGGUCUGCUACAAGCGUGCAAUCACAGUUAUUAUCGGAAUUAUUAUCUCGGUAAUCAUGAACUCACUACUCUGGCCAAUCCUGGCGCGCCGAGAACUCAGGAAGGAGAUCGCCAUCUUGAUCGGUAGACAGGGCGUGUUGUUUGCAGAGCUGGUCAACAAGUUCCUGUUGGAAGAUCCUCAGGAUAAAAAGCAAGGAGCGCAGUCUCACUACGCGGCUAAUUGGCCCCAGCAGGAUGACCUGAAUGGAUACGCGAGCGAUGAGCUGAAUGAGGAGACCCUCCAAAGGGAGGAUCCGGAGGAAGAUCAGUUCCAGGACUCUUUUGUGGAGCGCGCCGAGAGGGAGGCUCGUAUGCAGAAGCAGCAACAGCAGGCAGGUAGAGGAAGGAGACGUUCCGGCAGCUAUGAUCAAAAAUCAGGAACAACCGGUGGUUCCAAUGGGGAUAGCGGUGCUGCUAUUACCGAUGGUUUGCAACACCAGACUGAGGAUUCACGGAACGCCAUGGACCCAGACCGCCUGGCAUUCCAGCAUGUAGAGCAUCAGCUGCAAACCAAGCUGAUCAAGAUCUCGGAGCUUUUGGAACUGUCGGGUUCAGAACCAAGACUCAAGGAGGAGUUCCCCAUGAAGUUGUACAAUCAGAUCGUGCAGUGUUGUCAGAAUAUCCUUGACAGGAUGAUCUCGAUGCGCAUGGCAGCCCAGCUGCUGUCGCCUGAGGUGCGGGAGCUGGUGACUGGCCCCAUGAACUAUUAUCGACGCGAUAUGGUAAGCUGAAGGCAAAAACUCGCGAGGUCGCGUGUACACGACCAGAUUCUUUGUGUAGACAUGUUGGUGACACAGCGAAAUGCUUUUUUGCUUCCAAGGUUGGCGCUCUUUUGCUCUACUUUAGUG